GGCGGCUCCUUCUCAGCGGCUGGCGCUCUGGACGGCGGCAGCAGCAUGAGCGGGGCGGAGAGUGGCAGCGGAUCAGAGCUGCCGCCGCUGCCCAAGAGCCUGAGCGGGCUGCUGAACUCCUCCUCGGGCGGCGGCGGGCGCUGGCGGGACCUGGAGCGGCUCUACGCGCAGAAAUCCCGCAUCCAGGACGAGCUGAGCCGGGGGCGGGCGAGCAGCGGCGGCCGAGGCUCCCCCCGGCCGCCCAACCUGGACGCGGCGCUGGCCCUGCUCCGCAAAGAGAUGGUUGGCCUUCGGCAGCUGGAUAUGUCAUUGCUAUGUCAACUGUACUCCCUUUAUGAAUCAAUACAAGAAUACAAAGGGGCAUGCCAAGCUGUAUCUAGUGCAGACUGCACAUACGCUUUGGAAAAUGGCUUUUUUGAUGAAGAGGAGGAAUAUUUCUAGGAACAACAAAGCAGGGACAAAAGUGCAUGGAUCAGUCUUUCACCCUGUGUAACUCUCAUUUCCAAGAAAGAUUGGAGACUGGAAUUUAUCUAGACAUCUCUUCUUGUGGGGUACACCCCCGCUACCUUACCUCAUUUAUUUCUGGCAGACUGUCAAUACAAGUUACACAUGCAUAAGCUACUUCUGGAAAGUGACGUGCUGCAUGUUUUGAGGAGUCCUCCAGCCUGUUUGACAGGUGGUAUCAUUUUUAAUUUGCAGGCUGGGUGUUUCCAACCUACUGAUUUUUGGCAAGUAACUUACAGCUAUAAUUUUGAUCAAGAGAGUGAUAACAUCCUGAGUAUUCUAAUAACUCUUUCGUAAUUGUGGUGUGAAUAACUAUGGAUGGUAUGCGUUUGUCAACAGUACAGAUAAAUACUGUUUGAAGAAAUGAUUUGAUACACACAUUCCAAGCUGUACUAAGCUAGUCUGCUCUUAUCAGCCACGUCACUUAACUCCAGUUCUGCACUGGGUGGAUUGUUUACACAAUUUCUCAGAUAUUUGUCUUUCCCCCUCUCUACAUAAAACCAUAUUUUGCCAUGUUCUUUUCCUCCUAGCCCAAAAGCUGUAUGUAUGCUAGUGAAUGUUAUCAGUACCUUUUUUUCCUGCUGAUCUAAUUCACUUUCUUAGUGCUACCAAGGGGCUAUAACUUUUACAUUGACUUCUAGAGAUGUCUUGCAUAAACACAGUUCUGUGACUGCUAACAUCUGUUUCAAAAUGGUUUACUCAGCUUUUACUGUAUUGAAUAGUAAAAGCAUAGAUUCAGUCAGUCUGUCGGCCACUGUGUGGCUUGUAAUAAGCCAAACUCUUAUACAAGUGUUUUCAGUCACAUGAAGAUGAAGUAUCAGGAAUCCUUUAAUACAAGAUACUGGGACAAACUGCAAUAUUUUGUACUGGGUCAACUUUGUUUCUGGAAGGUUAACUUCCAACUUAAAAAAAA